AUGAGUGAUGGUAGUUUAAUUCCUUUUCAUAACAAUACCAUUCAAGCUAAUGCAACCCUGAAUUGGUUCCAAGAAUAUAAAUCCCGACUAACAAUGCAAUCAUUAUUGGCCGAUUGCUUUGAAGGACAAAUUAUUACAUGUAUUGUAGUAAUUAUCUUUGUAGCUGUAUUCCUUUUAAGAGAAUGGAUUGUACAGAAUAUACCCAUGGAAGCACCUAUGAUGGAAGAUGAUGAUGAGCUUAUUCUUGAUCACCAACCUCAGCCUAUACCAGAUAUACCACAACAACAACCUCAACAUGACGAGCGAUUUGAUAGCUUAUUUGAUGUACGCUGGAAUGCAGAUGAUAACGAACCUCAUUGGCAUGAAGAAAGACCUCCACCAUCACCUGUCGCUUCAAAUACACGGUAUGACGAAGCUGAAGGAUCAUCUUCCAAUCCUGACAAAACAGAAAAUGACAAUAGACGUAUGCGUGCUACUUCUUUACCACCUUCUUUUUCUCGUACCAGUUCAUACCAUGAACCCAUGAAUAGUGAACAUACAGAGUUCCGACGCUCAGCUAGUAUGGAACCUUCUAGCAGUUCGAGUAGCUAUGACAAUGAGCCCAUGAACAGUACAUUCAUAGUACAGCAGAACUUUACUUAUCUUGGUCAGCCUCCUCAUGCUCCUCGUAUGAGGCAUGCGGAAGCACCUAUUGCUAUUCAGCCUAUCCAAGAAGAGAUUGAGCAAGAAAUCGCUCCUCUCCCACAGCCUCUUCCACAGUUGCAGCCUGUCGAAAACAACAACAACGAUAACGAAGAUGAGGAAGAAGACAACAUUGAAGAAUUUGAAGGUGUUUUAGAAGCCAUUGGUAUGCAGGGCAGUUUAUGGUCUUUACUUCAAAACUGUGCUUUAAUGGGAUUAUUGAUUGCCCUGAGUUUGGGUGCUGCUGUUUGGAUGCCUUAUUUAAUUGGAAUGCUGUUUAUCAUGACUGAAACUUGGGAAGUCGUGCGUGUUCCACUUAAAAUGGUUCGUCUUUUGACAGAUCCUUUAAUUGAUUUCAUUUUCUGGGUUUCAACAGACUACAUUGGGCCCUACAUCCUUCAAGUAUACAACGAUCAUAUUCAGCCUGUAGUACAAGAUUUGACAUCUUCAUUUUUAUACAAGCAUGUCUCUACAUCAUUAGGUUCAUUAUUUGACCUUGUUGCAGCACCAACAUCCAAUACUUCUAUGCCCAUUACACAAAAUAUGCAGCCUUCAUUUAUGGAUGCUUUUGUUAAAUUUAUUAACGAAACAGAGCCCAUGGUGGAAUCCGCUUUACGUCGCUACCAAGCCUUGGCUAUUCGUCAGACUGCUGUUGAUAGAUUCGCCUGUAUUGCUGUUGGCUAUAUUAUUGUCACUAUUGUUAGUUGUUGGUAUUUAACUCGCUCAGCACAACAUAGAGUGGCUACAGCAGCAUUAGGUCGUACAGCACAAGAAGCAAUUCGCCAUCAAGGUAUUAUAUUCAAAGUAGGUAUGUUUAUUACUAUUGAACUUGUCUUGUUUCCUAUCGUCUGUGGCUACUUGCUGGAUUUUUCGACGUUACCUUUGUUUGAAUCCACUGCCGUUGCAAUACAUUGGGAGUUUAUGUUAUCCCAUCCAGUCUCGUCUAUCUUUGUACAUUGGUUCCUUGGUACUGGAUUCAUGUUUAUUUUUGCCGUAUUGGCUACUAUUUGCCGUGAAGUUUUAAGACCAGGUGUGAUGUGGUUCAUUCGCGACCCCAACAAUCCUCAAUUCCAUCCUAUUCGCGAAAUCAUUGAACGUCCUGUUCUCUUUCAGCUUAGAAAGAUAGGCGCUAGUGCUUUAAUCUAUUUGGCAGUAAUUCUUGUAGGUGUAGGUGGUGUAUUACAGGCACUCAAAUGGAUGACAGGACAGGCCGUCUUGCCUCUCCGAUGGAACUUUUCAAACCCUAUAUCCGUAGUACCUCUUGAUAUUAUUGUGUUACAGACAGGUAUUCCUGCUAUUGUAAAGUACUUUGAGCCAAAGCAAGUUCUUAAACAGCUCUUUGUAAAAUGGAUCAAGCUUAUUUGCCAUCAACUCCGUCUUUCAUCAUUUAUGUUCGGUAGACGAAGAGCAGAUGAAGAAGGCGCAUUGGUUUAUCACAACUGGAUUGCCUGGCUAAAGCAUACAAAGCCUGCGUGUUACCCUCCUGAUGGCGAGAUUGAUAACAUAAUAUCCAAUGAUGUUUCUUAUAUAUGGGAAGGUCGACUCUUACGCGUGCCUCGUCAUGACAGUGUACCUAUCAUUGAACGCCGCCGCAUGCUUGUUCCUGUUGAUCCUAUCACCUUGUUGCCUUUAGAUGAAACAGAGAGACACCUAGGUCAUCCUGCCGCAAGUGCUCCUGGUGGUGAAGAAGCAAAUACGAUGAUUGUCUAUAGCCCUCCUCAUUUCAAACAAAGGAUAUUUGCUUUUAUGGGCCUCACAUGGCUUUCUAUCAGCAUUUUUUGCUGUAUAAUGAUUGUAGGUCCUACCUUACUGGGACGUGCUUUGUUUGGAUCUAUCCUUGGCAAUGAGAUUAUAGUGCAUGAUAUUUAUUCUUUCCUUCUGGGUGGAUCUGUUUUCCUUUUCGUGGGUGUUAUUUGCCAUCAAUUGCAAUCGACAAUCAAGGAUAUCAUGUAUCAAUUGACUUGGCAAACUACUUUGACUACUUUUUGGCAUCAUGCAAAGCAAUGGUCUUCCUGGAUAUUUAGAUGGCUCUUUUUUGUCGUAUCUUUUGGCAUCAUUUUGCCCAAUGCACUCGGUGUUUUAAUCGAACUUUACUUUGUGCUUCCUUUGAAGCAAAUAUCACAAGAUGAUUAUUCAAUUGAAGUUUUAUCUAUAUGGUCAAAUGGGUUCGCCUUAAUGACUCUUCUUUGCGGAAUUGUAUUGAACAUUCCUAAUGCUAAUCGACGACAAUUUGUAGACGAUAUCUUUCGUGGUGGCAUUCAUAACAUGAAUAUCCGUUUGUGCCUUGUAAGAAUGAUCGGUCCAUUCUUGCUUUUCACUGCUGUUGCUGUUGGUUUUCCUUUUAUAACGGCUUAUAUCAAUAUGAAGAUUAUUGCUCGUAUCAAUCCAGAAUUGCGUAUUAAACUUGUACAGAUUGCCUAUCCCAUUGCUCUAGUAGGCUUUGGAGGUUAUUAUCUAACUAGAACUGUAUCUAGAGUUAGUGCAAGACUUGCUCAGAACAUUCGAGAAGACAACUAUCUUGUCGGAAGAACACUACAUAACCUUGAAUAA